AUGCUGCGCUCAUCGGGGGCCAAGACCACUCUUGUUGACUGUCUGCUCAAGCAAUCCGGAACCAAUCUUGGAGACCAGCAGGGCGUCACCCGUGUCAUGGACUCGAACGCUCUGGAAAAGGAACGAGGCAUCACCAUCCUGUCCAAGUGCACUAGCAUCAAGUACAAGGACCAUCGCAUCAACAUCGUCGACACUCCUGGCCACGCUGAUUUUGGCGGAGAGGUCGAGCGUGUCCUUUCCAUGGUCGAUGGUGUGGCCCUUGUUGUCGAUGCCACCGAGGGGCCGAUGACCCAGACUCGAUUUGUCUUGUCCAAGGCACUGAAGCACGGUCUGCGUCCCGUGGUUGUCAUCAACAAAGCCGACCGUCCGACCUCGCGGAUUCCCGAGGUCGAAACCGAUUUGAUGGAUCUGUUCUUCAAUCUGGAAGCCACCGAGGAGCAGCUCGAGUACCAGACAGUCUAUGCCUCGGCCAAGGAGGGCUGGGCCACCGGCGACAUGGACAACAUUCACAAGCCCGAGCUUCGAAAGGACAUGAGCCCACUCUUUGACAUGAUCCUGCACAAUGUGCCCCACCCCAAAGUCGACCGCGCAGAGUCGUUCUCGCUCCUCGUCACGCAACUGGACCACGACGACUACGUCGGAAAGCUGUACCUCGGCAAGAUUCAGAGCGGCAUUCUCAGGGUUAACGAUGAAAUCCAGGCCUUGAACCCGGACGGCACCGUGACCGACUCGGGACGGUGUGUCAAGCUCUUUGUCCAAGACGGUCUGAAGCGUGUGCCUGUGGAGGCUGCUGGCGCCGGCGACAUUGUUCUGAUUGCGGGUCUCAAGAACGCCACCGUCAACACCACCAUGUGCUCUCUCCAGAUCACGGAGCCGAUCCCGUCCACACCGAUCGAUCCCCCGACUGUGGCCAUGAACUUCUCUGUCAACGAUUCGCCCCUGGGAGGACAAGAAGGCACCCGUCUGACCUCCAACCUGAUUCGUGAGCGGCUCCUCAAGGAGGCCGAGACAAACGUCGCGCUGCGUGUCGGCCCAAGUGCCGAGAACCCCGAGAUCUUUGAGGUCUCUGGCCGUGGCGAACUGCAGCUCGGCGUUCUUGUGGAGACCAUGCGUCGCGAAGGGUUUGAAAUGUCCAUCUCUGCCCCGAGAGUGCUCCUCAAGCCCGAUCCCGAUGACCCCAAGCAAAUGUACGAGCCCAUCGAAGAGGCCAUCAUCGACGUGGAUCCCAAGUUUGCAGGCACCAUCAUCGAGAAGAUGAGUCAGCGCAAGGCCGAGCUGAAGCUCUACACCGAUAUCGGCGAUAAGACCCGACUGGUGUUCCGAGUCCCUGCGCGUGGCCUGAUGGGCUUUGCGUCCGAGUUCCGAAACGACACCCAUGGCGAAGGCGUCUUGACCCAUUCGUUCCUCGAGUACGAGCCCUACAAAGGGCCCAUGGGCAAGAUUCGCAAGGGUGCCCUUGUGUCUGUUGGUGAUGGCGAGGCAACUAACGAUGCUAUUGAGCGGCUGCAGUCUCGUGGCAUUUUCUUCAUCUCCCCUGGCGACAUCGUCUACAGCGGCAUGGUUGUGGGCGAGAAUGCCAAGGAAGGCGACAUGCCUGUGAACCCCGUCAAGGCCAAGGUGGUUUCGAACGUCCGCAGCAGCGGCAAAGAGGAGACCAUCAAGCUCGUUCCCCCGAGACUGAUGACUCUCGAAGAGUGCAUGUCGUAUGUGGCCGACGACGAAGUCAUCGAAGUGACUCCGACCCGAGUGCGUCUCCGCAAGAGACCGCAGGACAAGGGCAAGAGAAAGUGA